UCAUGCCAGGAACCUUACCCGAAAAUCCUCGAACCUUGAAUUGGAAACCGACAAUCCCUUUUAAAAUUCGAGAGAAAAAUUUUUUUUUAAUUUUUCAGAAAGAAAAUACUAACAAUUUCCCACACGAACCUUCUUUUUCAACUAACAAUUUAACUUCACAUUCAUUAAAUCAACAACAAAAAUCAUUAUCUUCAUCAUUUAUUUCACCUCCAUCAACACUUGUAUCUUCACAAAAUUUUACUAAAAAUCAACAAGACGAACCUUCAAUUAAUUUUGAUAUAUUUUCUUCAACAAAAAUUAAUUUAAAUGAAGAGCAAAAACAACAACAACAAGGACCUUCUUUAGAUUUUCUUGCAGAAUUUUUACCUCCACCAACAUCCUCCUCAAUAUCUUCACAAAAACAACAACAAAAACAAUCCUUUAAUUCUUCAUCAUUUCCAUCAUUACCAAUUCCUCCUCCAAAUAAUAAUUUUAUUCCAAUACAAAGAAAGAAUCCAACAACUAAUAAUAAUGAUCCUUUUAAUUUUUUAAUAAAUCAACAAUUAAAAGAAGAAAAUGUUAAAAAAGAAGAUAAUGGUUGUUCUUCAAAUAAUGGUGGUGGGGGUGAUCAAUUUACUUUUUUAUUUAAAUAAAUUUUUAUUUUUUGUCUGUAAAUUAUACCAGGGAUGUUUUACGGGUUAUCCAAAACUCUACUCAACUUUUCCCCUCUUAAUCUCCUAAAUGACUCGACCUGAGAUUUUUUCGACCCGAUCCGAAUAAAUUUUUGAAGACCCGACCCGACUUUUUUUCAACCUGUGGCAUCCCUGAAUUAUACGAGUUAAUUAUGAAAU